AUAGAAGAAAAGGGCUUUACAUUAGUUGAACAUCCUUCCAAAGUUUAUAAAAUACUUGAUUCCCAAGAGUAUAUUGACAGAAAUCAACCUCUUCACCCAAUACUUGAUAUUGAUACCAAACAGAAACCUGAUCCCACUAAUUCUGAACUACCUUCUUUAGAUAGUGAAAAAAUUUCUCGUGAAGAUUUAAUGUCUAAAAUAUUGAUUGCUUAUAUAGAUGCAUUAAGUCUUAUACCAGAAUGUAUGCCUUUCUUGCAAUCUUUUGCAUUAGCAAGUUCAUCAAAUACUAAUAAAUGCAGUUGGCAUAUUGUUUAUUCUCAUACCCAAUUUAUUGACUAUAGAGAACUUAAAGGCUUUAUGAAAAAAGUUAUAGAAUUAGUAGGAGAGCUAUAUUCUAAAUUCAUUGAUAAUGAAUUCAAAAAUCUAGAAGACUAUUUAGUUCAACCAAAAUCUAAUUAUUCCGUGAUUUGGCCACAAACCUUUUCUGAUGAGAAGCCAGCAGAAGAGGAAUUUAAACUUAUUGAUGAUGAUGAUACUUUGGUUAAAGGAGCUAAUUUAGUUAUUGAAAAAUAUGAGUGGCUCCAGAUUGGAAGAGCUAAGAAAGGGUUCAUCAACUUUCAAUGCUAUUGGCAAAAACAAUAUAAACCAGAUCACAAAGGCCUUAGUUUCGAUAAGGUAUCAGAUAAAGUCGAAUCAGAAGUAAAACUCAAGAAGUGGGGAUUAAUUGAAAGAUUGCUCAAGGCUGUAAAACAUCCACGCCCACUUGUAGAAUUAUCUGGAAAUAAUAUUAAUGUUAAGGAAAUGGAGAAUGCUCCAGAAGCUUAUUCAGAUUUCAUGAGUGAGGAACCUACUACAACCCUAAUUCGCUCACCCAUUGCUAGUGGAAAAACAAAAACCUUAAGAGAGAUUCUUAAUUCUUUAGCUAAAAAUGUUAUUAUUGUUCAGGUCGAAAGUACACAUCGUCUUAAUUUUCAUGGGGGUCGUUCUCAUGUAGUUAUUUUAGAUGAAUCAGCUGUUCACGUGGUUGCCAUGGAUACUUUUGCAAAUGAGUCAACUUUAGCCUUUUUAAGACAAUACUGGGGUUCAGAAGCUAUACAUAAAGGUCUUGAGAUGCUUAAAGAAGAUAGAAAACAACGCCAGGAUGACUUUGCUGAUAUUAAUGCUAUCUGA